AUUUUUGACUUUUCUGAGCCUGUCAAGUCCUUCUUUUGACCCAUUUUGCCAAAGGAAAGGAAGUUGCCUAAUAAUUAUGCACACCUGAUAUAGGGUGUUGUCAUUAGACCACACCCCUUCUCAUUACAGAGAUGCACAUCACCUAAUAUGCUUAAUUGGUAGUAGGCUUUCGAGUCUAUACAGCUUGGAGUAAGACAACAUCCAUAAAGAGGAUGAUGUGGUCAAAAUACUCAUUUGCCUAAUAAUUCUGCACAGAGUGUAUGUGUUUAGAAGCCAUUGUGGAACCCCCACUUAAAAUGUGUCCCUCAUGUACUGAAAGGGCCUUACAUUGCAAAGAACAUAUUUUAGGUGAUAAAAGUAUGUCUAGGGAUGAUUCUCAGUCUGAAGAGAAUCCGGUUAUGCCAUCCAAUUCUCCCCAAGUGUCACAACCUUUAACGCCCACUCAAGCGACGCCAAGUACUUCUAAUGCGUCUAAUUCUUUUACCCUGCAAGAUAUGGCUGCAGUUAUGUCUACUACCCUUAAAAGGUAUUAUCUAAACUGCCGGGUUUACAGGGUAAGCGCAGUAGGUCCGGUAUUAGAGUAAAUGCAGAGCCCUCUGAUGCUUUAUUGGCCAUCUCCGAUGUACCCUCACAGUGUUCUGAGUUGGGGGUAGAGGAAUUGCUGUCUGAGGGAGAACUUUUAGACUCAGGAAAUGUGUUCUCUCAAACAGACUGACGUGACUGCCUUUAAAUUUAAGCUUGAACACCUCCGCCUGUUACUCCGGGAGGUUUUAGCGACUCUGGAUGAUUGUGACCCUAUUGUAGUACCACCAGAGAAAUUGUGUAAAAUGGAUAAAUAUCUAGAGGUCCCUGCUUACACUAUUGUUUUUCCGGUCCCUAAAAGGAUUUCGGACAUUGUUACUAAGGAAUGGGAUAGACCAGGCAUUCCGUUCUCUCCCCCUCCUACUUUUAAGAAAAUGUUUCCCAUAUCUGACACCAUUCGGGAUUCCUGGACGGUCCCUAAGACUGUGGUAUUUCAGAACUGGCUGACAUAGUUCCCAUAAGGGAAGGGGUAUUACUGGAACCUGUAUAUUAUGGGCUUGACACUGGUAACAAUGUUUUGUUGGCACUGAAGGGUUUCACAUGGCUUACAUAUAUUAGAUGGGUAAUAUGAAAAACUCACAUGGCUUAUGAAGGCAGUAAGCUCCAGCUCUGGUGGGCCUAAAUUGAGAAUUUAGCCUAAACAAAGGAGAUAGUGAGAAUUACAGACCCCUGAGGGCAUGUGGGCGUAAUGGGAAUUAUGCAGAUUUAUCUCCUCUGAUAAAUCUGGAUCUAGAGACCAGAGACUCUCCUCUUUGGUGGUUGUCACAGGAUCAUCUGUCCCAGGGAAUGUGCUUCCGCAGGCCAGAAUGGGUCAUAGUGACGACGGACGCCAGCCUCUUGGGCUGGGGUGCAGUCUGGAAUUCCCUGAAGGCUCAGGGUGUUUGGACUCAGGAGGAGUCCCUACUACCAAUAAAUAUUCUGGAACUGAGAGCAAUAUUCAACGCGCUUCAAGCGUGGCUUCAGUUGGCUUUGGCCAAAUUCAUAAGAUUCCAGUCGGACAAUAUCACGACUGUAGCAUAUAUCAAUCAUCAGGGGGGAACAAAGAGUUCUCUACCGAUGACGGAGGUUUCCAAGAUAAUUCGAUGGGCAGAGACUCACUCUUGCCAUCUAUCAGCAAUCUAUAUCCCAGGAGAACUGGGAAGGGGAUUUUCUAAGUUGUCAGACUUUUUACCCGGGGGAGUGAGAGCUCCAUCCGGAGGUGUUUGCGGCAUUGAUCCGUCAAUGGGGCACACCGGAAUUGGAUCUGAUGGCAUCUCGUCAGAAUGCCAAACUUCCUUGUUACGGGUCCAGAUCAAGGGAUCCCCAAGCAGUACUGAUAGAUGCUCUAGCAGUACCUUGGUCGUUCAACCUGGCUUAUGCGUUUCCUCCUUUUCCUCUCCUACCUCGUCUGAUUGCCAGAAUCAAACAGGAGAGGGCUUCGGUAAUCCUGAUAGCGCCUGCGUGGCCACGCAGGACUUGGUAUGCAGAUCUAGUGGAAAUGUCAUCUCUGACCCCGUGGAAACUGCGACUGAGACAGGACCUUUUAAUCCAAGGUCCAUUCCAACAUCCAAAUCUAAAUUCUCUGCAGCUGACUGCCUGGAGAUUGAACGCUUGAUUUUAUCUAAGCGUGGAUUCUCUGAGCCGGUCAUUGAUACUUUGAUUCAGGCUCGCAAGCCUGUCACUAGGAAAAUUUACCAUAAGAUAUGGCGUAAAUAUCUUUAUUGGUGCGAAUCCAAGGGCUACUCAUGGAGUAGAGUUAGGAUUCCUAGGAUUUUGUCCUUUCUCCAAGAAGGAUUGGAGAAGGGGCUAUCAGCUAGUUCCUUAAAGGGACACAUUUCUGCUUUGUCAAUUUUACUACAUAGACGUCUGGCGGAUGUCCCAGACGUUCAGUCUUUUUGUUAGGCUUUAGUCAGAAUCAAGCCUGUGUUUAAACCUGUUGCUCCGCCAUGGAGUUUGAAUUUAGUUCUCAAUGUUCUUCAAGGGGUUCCGUUUGAACCCAUGCAUUCCAUAGAUAUUAAGCUUUUAUCUUGGGAAGUUUUGUUUUUAGUUGCUAUCGCUUCUGCUCGAAGAGUUUCUGAGCUUUCUGCGUUCCAUUGUGACUCGCCUUAUCUUAUAUUCCAUUCUUAUAAGGUGGUUUUGCGUACUAAACCUGUAUUCCUUCCUAAGGUUGUUUCAAAUAAGAAUAUUAAUCAGGAAAUUGUUGUUCCUUCUUUGUGUCCUAAUCCUCCUAAGAAGGAGCGUCUGUUACAUAACUUGGACGUGGUUCGUGCCUUGAAGUCUUACUUACAAGCGACCAAGGAUUUCCGUCAAACAUCUUCUCUAUUUGUUGUCUAUUCUGGAAAGCGUAGGGGUCAAAAAGCUACGGCUACCUCUUUCUUUUUGGCUGAGAAGCAUCAUCCGUUUGGCAUACGAGACUGCUGGACAGCAGCCUCCUGAAAAAAUUACAGCUUUUUCUACUAGAGCGGUGGCUUCCACAUGGGCUUUUAAAAACGAUGCUUCUGUUGAACAGAUUUGUAAGGCUGCUACUUGGUCCUCCCUUCAUACUUUUUACAAAUUUUACAAAUUUGAUACUUUUGCUUCUUCUGAGGCUUUUUUGGGAGAAAAGUUCUUCAAGCAGUGGUGCCUUCCAUUUAGGUAUCUGUCUUGUCCCUCCCGUUCAUCCAUGUCCUGUUGCUUUGGUAUUGUAUCCCACAAGUAAGGAUGAAUCCGUGGACUCGUCGUAUCUAUUAGAAGAAAAGGAAAUGUAUGCUUACCUGAUAAAUUGAUUUCUUCUACGAUACGACGAGUCCACGGCCCUCCCUGUCAUAUUAGACAGAUUAUAUUUUUGUUUUCAAACUUCAGUCACCUCUGCACCUUUUAGCUUUUCUUUUCUCUUCCUAUACCUUCGGUCGAAUGACUGGGGGUGGAGAGAAGGGAGGAGCUAUAUAUACAGCUCUGCUGUGGUGCUCUUUGCCAC